GGAUGUCCAAGGAUUCAGUAUUGGACACGUGUGGGUGCGCUGAGAGUCCGGCCACUACAGAACAGAUAACGCGCGACCGUCAAUUCAGGCGAGCUCUAUCCCUCUCUCCCUCGCACUGUAAAAAAUUUCUCUCAUUCCAUUGAGAUAUAACCAUCUGUUUUCAACAAGAUUCUCCACAGAUAGAGGGAAAUUGUGGAUUGAGGGAGCAAUUUUCAGGGAAGCUUGAGCAAGAAGGGAGCAAUCAGCAAUGCUUGGUGAGUCACUGCACCUCCUCCCUUGUAAUUCUUGUUGGACUACAACGACUUUGUCUGCUGUGAACCGUAACCGUCGGAGGACUUCGUUGCCCUCUCGUCGGAGCCGAGAGAGCCACCGCAAACACAAGCGGCUGGCGAUCGCCGCCGCGGCUUCUAUGGUCAUCGACACCGGCAGCGUUCAACUCCAGCAAGCUUCGCCGGAAACGCAAACUCCGGCUUCUGAUUCGGCGCAGUUUCUACCACGCCGCCUCAUUUUGCUCCGCCACGCACACAGUUCCUGGGAAGACCGUUCCCUCAGAGACCAUGAUCGUCCGUUGAGCAAAUCUGGACAACUUGCUGCUGCCAGAGUUUCUCAUGAGCUCUGGCAAUUAGGUUGGAUUCCAGGGCUUAUAUUAUGCAGUGAUGCAGUUCGAACUCGGGAAACACUGAAAAUUAUGCAGGAGCAGGUGCCAGCAUUUUUGGAAGCUGAGGUACAUUUCCUCUCAAGCUUUUAUUCUGUUGCAGCAAUGGAUGGGCAGACGGCUGAGCAUCUUAGGCAAGCAAUCUGUAAAUACUCUAAGGAUGAUAUACUUACUGUCAUACUUUACACUCUCUAUCAAUGCAAUGAAGUUGCCGGAAAAACACUCAUGCGCCGGUGCGUGGAGCGCUUGGCGUCCAAGAUCCUCGGAGACAGCGGCACGUGAAGGAGCAUAGAGGCUCCGAUGGCUGCGCGAUUCCUCCUCUGGCAUCGACCCACCUUUCCGACCUUAGCCCAGUACCUCACACUCCAGCCCAGGCUCUGAUACCAUGUAGAAUAUGGACUGUGUAUGUUGAACUGAUGAAAAGGAAUUGUACAAGACAAUUAUAUAUACAAGCUAGUAGUAAGACUAACCAAGCUCUCAACCACUCAUUUCAAAUUCAAAAUAAGUAGUUGAGAGCUAUUCUCUCAACCUCCCUCAAUACCCUCUAACACUAUGCAUAGUCUUAUUAUUAUGUACAUAAAGCUGACUAAAGAGCUUUUCGAUAUGUACAUGUACAAACACACACACACAAUUGGUUAUCAAGUUAAACACUGAAUUUGUAAGGUGCAUCACUAUUUAUAGAUUUUAUUUCAGAUCUCAAUGCGUUUUCUUUCCUUUUUUUUUUUUUUUUUUGGGUUUAUUUUCCUUUUCAUUGAAGAUUUAUGGUUCCAGAAGUUGGAUGUCAAAGAUGAGAGUUAAUUUGGAAUUGGAUUAAAUUUGUUUCUACACAUUAGGAGUCUCUGUUCUUCAAUCAAUUUAUCUCAAUCUUUGUUUCUAUAUGCAAACAAUAUGAAACAAAUUUCUUUACAAUUUGAAAUGGGCUUAUCUUGCUAUACUGUUAGUAAUA